AAGUUGUUUUUUAUUUUGUAUUAUAAACGUAAAAAUGUUUUUGUAAAAACAAGAUGUGUGGAUUUAAAUGUUUAGUUUUUGCCUUCCUGGUAACAUUACCAUGUAUUCUUAAAGCAGCCGAACAGAAAUAUCGUUCAAAGAGAGAAGAACCAUGUGGCGGAGAAAUAGAUUUGGAACUCAUGGGUGGUGUUGCUGAAAUUCGGCUCAGGACGGGAGUAAUAAAUGGUGUAGAAUUUUACAGAGUUUUGGAAGACUGUACAUGGACACUGAAGACGGCUGAUGAUCAUUUUAUGAUCCUAAAAUCCGACUACUUUAUUGUUGAAAAGAGCGAAAACUGUAUCUCGGACUAUGUUAAGAUAACAGAAAAGGGCAUUGAUGAAACAACAAGCAGACACUGUGGUUUUGAUCCAUUGACAUAUAUCACAUUCGGAAACAUAAUACAACUCCAGUUCAAGUCUGAUGAUUCAUCUGAAUAUAAGGGUUUCAAGUUCACAAUCAAGUCGGUGAUAAAGUUCUUGGAUGACACGUUUUGCCUUGGUAGUAUAUUAGGUGGCGAGGAUUCAAGCAUAGUGAACAAAGAAACUUCAGGGGACAAUUGUUUUUACCGAAUACAGGCACCAAAACACAAUGAUAUAACGCUGACACUAAAAAUGCUAGAGUUUGGCUCAGCCAGUUGUGAGGAGGAAAGUAUAAUUAUUUAUGAAGGACACAGUACACAAGGAAGACCUUUAGGUACAAUAUGUAGUGAUAAUGAUCUCGGAAUAUUACCAUACCGUGCAAGUUCAAUGUUUAUUGAGUACAGGAAUCUUCUAAAUCUAGACGGUGAACGUUUUAAAAUAGAAUACAUGUUUGUAGAGGACAACUUAAUAUCAUCAACGACCACUUCUUCGGUUAAGGGAAAUGAUGACAUUGAUGGUUCGUUAAAAGGAAACAACACAAAGAAUGGUAUCAACUUAUGCACAGAAUCAAAAUACAAAAACAACAAACAGUUGGCAGUCGCGGUAUGUAAUGAUAAUCUUCCUCAUCAUGUUGUACAGAUAGAAUUCGACUAUUUCGACAUGGAAAACUCAGAUGACUGUAUCUUUGAUUCGGUGAAUCUUUUGCUUUUGACAGGAGACAGAGAAGAGACAUCUUUUCUUAACGGACAAUCUUGCGGAAAAAAUAAACGUAGGCAAACGUUCGUCACAAGGGGCGACUCACUUCGCCUAGAACUUAAAACAGAUGAAUCAUUAGCCCUUAAGAAUUUUCAGGCAAAGAUUUCAUUUGUACCAGAUACAGAAUGUAUAUGCAAAGACAACAUGGCAUGCAUUCAGGACAACACUGAAAAAUGUAUUCGGGGAAAAUAUUGUGAUAAAAAUACAUGUCAAAAUGGCGGAACAUGUAUCAAGAAUCGUUCUAACGAGAAAUGCUACUGUCUUGAAGGUUUCAAAGGGGAUGACUGUUCACAAAGAGAUGGUGAAUCUCCGCAAAAGAUAAGAUUCAUCAGUGCACCCGUAGACCGGACGAUAAAGAGAGGUGAAGGUCACGUAGAAGAAUGUGAAGUUGAAGUUCCACAUGGAGUGCAGGUAGAAUAUACUUGGUCAUUAAAAGAAACAUUGAUAGAGCCGUACAGUAAAAAUGCAGGAUUUGGAACUCAUCCAGGUGGAAUAUUACAGAUUGAUGACUUUUCGGACGCAUUGGUGGGACAAUAUUCAUGCUUUGCGACAACUUCAGGUGGAACAGCAGAACACACCUUUGAGUACAGGAUUGCAGAGGAUUGUAACGUCAAAAUAUUCCCUGGACCUCAGUCAGAGAGCAAAAAAAUAAACGAAAUGGCUUUACUUACAUGCCGGGUGGACAAUCAGGCCAAAGCAGUUAGAUGGAAGAAAGAUGGAGUUUACAUUGAUUAUGACAAAGAUGAUAGAAUCAAGAAAAUGGCUAAUAACUACUUACGUAUAGUAAACGUUGGAAUGAAAGACGCGGGAGUUUACCAGUGCGAGGCCGAAGACGAAAACGGUUGCUAUAGUUACAAGGAAGGCAAACUUCAAGUGGUAGACAUAAAGUCUGUCGGUGCAUAUUGUGGAAUAUCCAUUCAUGAAGAGGCAAUGUUGAGUUCAAGAAUUUCAAAGGGAUCUGAGGCACCUCCUAAAAUGUACCCAUGGCAUGUUACGUUCAGAUCUACAGGAGGUGCGUCCAGAAGAAGUGUGUUUUGUGGUGGAACACUGAUUUCACAGAGUUUCAUUGUCACUGCUGCUCAUUGCAUUAAGGACUUCAGCAACUCCUUUGGUGUUGAUUUUGAGGCAACAAAUGUAGAACUUUUACUUGGUACCACAGACUGUCUAGGGACUCAGAAUGAUGGGAUAAGAAGAAAAGUACGGAGCUUUAAUGUUCAUCCAGAUUAUGGAGAAAGAGGAUAUUAUGAUAAUGAUAUAGCAUUGAUAGAAUUGGACAGUUUGGUUGAAUACAGCGAUAAUAUACGUCCUAUAUGUGUUGAACCGGCGGAUUACAAUGACAGGGUGUUUCUAGAAAACAGUGGCUCUUUUGGUCGUGUGUUUGGGAAAGUCGCUGGCUGCGGUGCUACAAGAUCUAAUGGCAGAUCGAUGCCCCAGAGACUGAGGGAUGUAUAUAUUCCGUAUGUGGACAGAAAAACAUGUCUUGACUCUUUUGGCGACAAACGCCAUAACCUAACCGACACAAUGUUUUGUGCUGGGAGUAAUAUUGCUAGAACUGGGGACAGUUGCGAAGGGGACAAUGGAGGCGGCUUAAUCAUGGCAACAAGCUCAAGAUGGGUUCUUACUGGAAUAAGUUCCUGGGGCAGGGGAUGUGAUGUGGAUAAAUACUACGGUGUUUACACAAACGUUGGCAUGUUCUAUGAUUGGAUAGAGAGCGUUACAAAAUUUAACGAAGAGGAGGUGCAAGACUUUUUCAACCAUCUUGAAUAGUGAAAACAUGCUGAUAUAAGAUGAACUACAAUAUUACUCAUUUACUAUUUUAUAUUAACAGGAGCAAUAUAUUAUUCAUUAACGUGCAUGCUUUGCUUAUGAUGUUUUACUACGUUUAAACGUUAUUUUCUGUUUCCAUAUGAAUGAAACGAAUAAAGUGUGUUUCAUUAUU